CUUCUCAAGGGCAGGGAUUGUUUUGUUUUUGCCUUGUAUUGCCGACACCUAGCACAGAGUAUUGCUCAGAGAUGGUUUUUAAUAAAUCACAUUCUUUUACUAUUCAGAGCUACUGUACUUUUUUCAACAGCUAAAUAUGUUAGUGAGAGGCUAUUAGGAUAUAGAAAGGAAAUAGCAUGGCCUCUACUCUCUAGAAGGUUAUAGUCUUGAUUGAAAUUAUGCAAUAUGCACAUACAUAAAGAACUUUGGAUAAUUCUUUUUUAAAAAUACUUUCUGUCUUAGUAUCAGUUCUAAUUCUUAAGAAAAACGUGGGUUAGGCCAAGAAAUUGGGGUUAAGUGAUUUGCCCAGAGUCACACACAAAUAUUUAAGCCCACAUUUGAACCUAGUUCCUCCUGACUCCAGGUCUGGCAUUCUUUUUUACUGUGCUACCUAGCUGCCCCUCAGGUCUUGGUGAUUCUUAAAAAACAACAACAAUAAUAUAUGAAUAUAGAGUAAUAGUAAAAUUUAGUUUAAAUAGUGCCUUGUCUUGUUCAUGCUUCACAUGAUGCCCUCUCUCAUCAAUCCUCAGUGAAUUCCUGCUUGUCCAGCUCAUAUGUCAGUCAUCCCUUGAAAAUUCUUGGUUUUCCUUAUCCCCAUUACUUCCCCUCCCAAAUCAGUAAUUGGCAAUAGCUUUCUCUGUCUUUGACCUAUCACAAUAUUUUGCUUGCAUUUCUAGGAUCUGCUUUUAUAUAUUUUGUACAUGUAAUCUAAAUACACAUAUAUGUAAACAUACAUGUAUAUAUAUACACAGUCAUUUCUUUGUAUGAGACUGGAAGUUCUUUGAAAGCUUUGUAUCUUUCAAUCUGUUCUAAUGAAGGGGCAUUCUAAAUGACAGUAGUUGUAAUAUACAAUAUCUGGGAAGUAGAAGAGCAAGCUAUGUCUUAGCUAAACUUUUAUUACUUACCACAGUGCUCAACACACAGUAGGUACUUCAUAAAUAUUGGGAUUGCAUUGAUGUUUUUAAAACUUAACAUAGCAUAUGCAGUACUAGGCUUAAAAAAGAAUAGAACUCAGACCAGCACCCUCUUCCCCUAGUCAGUUUUUCUCUUUUAUAGGAUUAAUUGAUAAAGCCAAGAAGUUCUUUUUCUUUACAUAGCACAUAUAGGCACGAAGCCUCAAACUUAAGAACUUGUUAAUACAUUUGGUGGUAACAUCAGUUGGAGGAUAUUACAACACAACUAACAUACUUUCUCUGACCAAAGCAACCCAAAAUUGUAGAUGUGGAACCCAGGUUCCCUAGGCAUGGGCUCUAAAGUUUUUUAGUAGAAGGGGGAAGUUAAGGUAUUUUCAAGGACAUUAAUAGUGUUGGAGGGAAGAUCCCAGAAAUGGAGAAGUGAUCAGUUCAGUCUAUGUUGUAAUAAUGCUAACUUGUGCCACAGUGCAUUAAGCUCCACUUUUCAGGGAAAUUUUUCUACAGGAAAUAUAUUUCACUUUUCAUAACACCAAUCAGUAGAAAGGUCAGAUAUGCUUUAUAACCAUUUUUAGUUACUAAGGAGAUAAUCCUACUCUAUUGCCUGAUUUUGGUGAGGUUCUUCUGAGUUCUGGAAAGUCUAUGCCAGUGAAGUGUGAGCUCUGUUCUUCCAAGUUCCUCCAAGUUCUAAAGGCUAUGAAUAUUGUCCCAGAAAUAGACUAUGUAUACUAUCCAAAAAUGAGCCUCUUUCUAUUAAGAGAGACUCAUUCAUAUUAGAUGAUGAUUACUUUGGUCAAGCAACUGGUAAAACAUUUCAUAAAACAAAGGCACUCCUUAUAUACUUGUGUUGAGGAGUUAAAAGGAGUGUUUGUAAAUUGCAUACAAGAGGGAGAAAAAAUAAUGAUUAAAAGGGUGAAUUGUUUUUUAACUGAAGUUUUGAAUGAGAAUUGGAAGAUGAAUUUACCCCAUCAUAUGUUCAUAAAAUUAAAGCUUCCCCAUCACCAUUAAUAUUAUAGCUCUGACUUGAGAUGCACCCUAAACAUUUCAUCUCUGUCCUCCUUAUCUUUGGUGAUUUGUAGGAAAAACUCUGUAUUGGCAAAAAUACCAUUUUAUCCUUAAUUUAACCUAUGCCAAAGUGCUUCCUCCUUUGUGUUUCUUGGAUAUCCUCCUGUGAGUUUGCUAUUGUACCCACAUUAUACUAUGUAAUGAAUGUUCUAUUUAGAGUUGGAAUAUUUGAAUUUAAAUCCAAACCCUGUUCUGUUUUGUGAUCUUGAACAAAUCACUUAACUUUAUAUCUUUAAAGAUAUUGAAACUAGUCUUUUCAUCUCUAAAUCCCCUGUCUAAUGGGGAGGACAUUCAAAAUAGCAGCAGUGAAAGUAUACAAUAUUUGGGAAGUCUAAGAAUAUGCAAAUCAUUUUGAAGUUUGGGAGAGAUUUGCUUAGCUGCAGCAGAGAAUCUGAUUCAGGAAGGAGCUAUAAAUAAAGUUAGUGAGAUAAAAGGUAGAUUGUUAGAGGACCUUGAAGGUCAGGAAUUGUAGUUAUAUUUGUUAAGCUGAGCUCUAGAAAGCCUUUGAUAGCUUUUAGCUAAGGAGUGACAUGAUGAAAACUAUAUUUAGGAAAGAUGGUUUGAACAGCUGCUUAGAGUGAAUUGGAGAGGAGUAGCAGAGAGAUUUGCUAGGAACAAUUAUAGUAGCCCAGUUAUGAGGUAAUAAGAACUUGACUGGACAAGGGAAGUGACUCAAAAUUUAUAAAGGAGAGGGAAUGAGGAGCAGACUAUAAAGGAAGAAACAGAAGAAUUUGAUGAUGAACUAAAUAUGGAGAGAAAAGAAAAUACAGAAUUCCCAGAGUUUAAAGACCUAAGCUUUGGAGAGAAUGAUGGUGGUUGAUUAUGGAAAGGAAUAACUUAGGGGAAAUCAUAGCCCGUUAAUGAGUUUUGGAGCCAGCUUUGUCAGCUUUUUGAAUGCCAUGAUGACAUUUGAGGAAGAAAAAAUGCAGUUGGCAUGUGAUGACUUGAAAACGACAGAGAAAUUAUGUGAAAGUGAAGAGGCUGGGGUUAUUGAAACAAUCAAGAAUAAGAUCAAGAAGAAUGUUGAUGCCCGAAAAUCUGCACCUUCUAUGGUUGAUCGACUUCAGAGGCAAAUAAUUAUAGCAGACUGCCAGGUUUACUUGGCUGUACUUUCUUUUGUGAAACAAGAAUUGUCAGCAUAUAUAAAAGGUGGGUGGAUCCUCAGAAAAGCCUGGAAAAUCUACAACAAGUGUUACUUAGACAUUAACGCCCUACAGGAAGUCUAUCAGAAAAAGCUGGCUGAAGAACCUUCAGACGCUGCAAAUGAUAACCACGUUCCUGUGGAAGGGGUAUCAGAGGAAUCCCUGAAUAGACUGAAAGGGGCCGUUAGCUUUGGAUAUGGACUUUUUCAUCUUUGUAUAUCCAUGGUGCCCCCAAACCUCCUCAAAAUCAUCAACCUGCUGGGUUUUCCCGGAGACCGCCUGCAGGGCCUCUCGUCCUUGAUGUAUGCAAGUGAAAGUAAGGACAUGAAGGCUCCUUUAGCUACAUUAGCUCUACUGUGGUAUCACACUGUAGUUCGUCCUUUCUUUGCCUUGGAUGGCAGUGAUAACAAGGCAGGCUUGGAUGAAGCUAAGGAGAUUCUUCUGAAGAAAGAAGCGGCUUAUCCAAAUUCUUCCCUGUUCAUGUUCUUCAAGGGACGAAUACAGAGAUUAGAGUGUCAGAUCAACAGUGCCUUGACUUCUUUUCAUACAGCUCUGGAACUUGCAAUAGAUCAGCGAGAAAUUCAGCAUGUCUGUCUCUAUGAAAUUGGUUGGUGCAGUAUGAUAGAACUAAACUUUAAGGAUGCUUUCAAUUCCUUUGAAAGGCUCAAAAAUGAGUCCAGGUGGUCUCAGUGCUAUUACGCAUAUUUAACUGCAGUUUGUCAGGGAGCUACUGGUGAUGUGGAUGGGGCACAGGCUGUAUUCAGAGAAGUUCAGAGACUUUUCAAAAGGAAAAACAACCAGAUUGAGCAAUUCUCAGUCAAAAAGGCAGAGAGAUUUCGUAAGCAAAUCCCUACCAAAGAGCUCUGUGUGCUAGCAUCCAUUGAAGUGCUAUAUUUGUGGAAAGCCCUUCCAAACUGUUCUUUUCCCAACCUACAAAGAAUGAGUCAAGCUUGCCACGAGGUCGAUGAUUCAUCUGCUGUUGGAUUAAAAAAUUUGCUUCUUGGUGCCAUACAUAAAUGCUUGGGAAAUUCAGAAGAUGCCAUUCAGUUCUUUCAGAGAGCUGUCAAAGAUGAGUUAUGUCGUCAGAAUAACUUAUAUGUUCAACCGUACGCCUGUUAUGAGCUUGGCUGUCUCCUUUUAGAUAACCCAGAGACUGUGGCAAGAGGUAGAACUCUGCUUUUACAAGCAAAGGAGGAAUUCACUGGCUAUGACUUUGAAAACCGAUUACAUGUCCGCAUCCAUGCAGCCUUAGCCUCUUUGAGGGAAGUGGUACCUCAAUGACAGACAGAAGUCUUGAUUUCUUCCAUCCCAUCCCACACAGUUUUCUGCACUUUAAAAAAGACAUGCAGAGGAUACAGCUAUUGGGAAGAUCAGCUUUUCUUCUAAAAACCACCUGUGCCAGAGAUACAUUUUUGGAGUUGAGCUGACACAUUAAAAAACUUCUCUUCUGAACAAAAACUUGAAAAAAAUAGUCAGCUGGUGAGAGGGUUAAGUGACCUUGUUCAAACAAUUUAGAGGUGUUUUUUUUUUUUAAUUUCCCUUUUUGUUUGUUAAGCUAAAUAUAGUUGACCUAUAAUUGUUCAGGAAAAAUUAUUAUAAGCACACAUUUGACUUGAUCACAUUAACAAUUGUAUUAUAAAAAGUAAAAUUAAUAAUAUCACCACCACCAUUUGUAUUGCGCUUUGAAACAAUAAAAACACUUUCCAAUCUUUUUAACUUCAUCCUUAUGAUGUUCCUAUGAAUUACAUAAAACAGCAUCAUCCCAGUAUUACAGAUGACAAGACACAGGCACAAUAGAGGCUGAGUGGCUUGGUCCAUGUUGCCCAGUGAGUUAAUGAUGGAGCAGGGUCUCCUGGCAUGAUUACCAUAUGAACCCAAUAUUCUUUUGUUGAAAAAAAAAACCCUAAAUAUAGCUUAGACCUCCAUGUUUUUUCUUAGAAAAAAAGGCACAUGCUCUUUUAGCUCAGAUGAUGAUGUAAAAUAAUUAUUUCUCCAGAUUAUUUCUAUAUUUUUCAGAAUAGCAAGGACCAGAUUUUUUUUUUCUAAAGACAACCUAAGAAAAUGAGGGAAACAGAAAUUAAUUGUUGGGCCAAGACUACAACUAUUUAGAAAACUUAGUUUGAUAGCAUAUUCUAAAAAUUAGAUAUUUAAUAUUUUAAUUGGAGGAUUUUUUUUAACUUUUCCAUGGUAAAAAGUAAAGUUACUUAAAUCUCCUAGUUUUAGAAUCGUUCAACUGGGUUUCUUAUUACAGCUUUUUAUUUGACAUAGAUUUGGGGAGAGCAAGGAGGUUAAUUUACAACAUUCAAUUCAUUAAUUAUUUUCUGGGCUAAAUGUUACUAGGAUUCAACUAUUUUUCCCUCAUGACCCCAACCUCAGAUUAUUAAAUGUGAUAACAAGGUAUUUCAGUCAUUUUUAAGUCCCCUUAUUCCUAAUUUUCUAAUGUCAUCUACCUUAACCUCCAUGCACAGUACACUACCCUUGAAGUGGUGUCAUAACUAAAUUCCUCAGUCUGUCUUAAUCACUUCUGCCAUGACUAUGCAUUUGAUUUGAACAAAUCUGAAGUAAUUCCAAGUAUAAUUUUCAUGACUUAACAUGAUACAAAUUUUAAUUUGCUUCUCAAAGUUCACAACAGGAGAGAAUUUGACCAGAAUAUUGAUGAACUCUAAUCUCCUGGAAAUUAUUUUUGAGGAAAUAAAAAUAGUAAUUUCUUUGAAAAUACGAUUUUCUCAUCUAUUACUCACUUUUUAGUGGACUAAGCUACCAAAGUGUUUUUCCAAACUUACUUGAUUCAGGAAAUCCAUCUUCCUUUGGUUUAGGCACCAGGGAAAAAAGUUUGGACUGUCCCAUUUGUUAAAUGAUUAAAUUCAGAAAACAAAAUAGAUGGAAAUUAUUGGGAGUCUUCCAUAAAUAUGGCUGUGACCUCUUUUUAACAAUUUAAUGGGAUGCAUUUGAUUUUCCCUGGUUUUUCUGGAUUGAAGGGAAGAAUGAUGAAUCUUUAGAAUGUAUCAAUGCAACUUUUGUUCUCUUCUAAUCUUUAGCGUGUGUAGCUAUUCAAUCCAAUGACCAUCCAAUGAACAUUCAACAUUUCUCUAAUGUGUUUGAGGAUCAUUCUUACAAUUCUUGCUUUAGUGUUGAGCCAUACUUAAAUUGUCAUGUCAGGCAAAAAUAUUGGUAAACCUAUUAUUAAUUAUGUAAAGAUUAUUCAUAAGCCCUGUGAUUUAGAAGUAGUUCAAAACAAAACUAGAUUUUUUUUACUCUUUCAUUUGCUGCUUUUUUGCUUCUUUUAUUCAAGUAAAGUUCAUUUUAGAGUUCUUUUAAUAUUUUAGGUAUAGAUUUUUAAAUGGGCCAUUCUUCCCAGUCAGUCUAAUUUACUCUUAUAGUACCUUUUUGUUAACAUUAUGGGAGAGAUAUGAAAGACACUAAUUACUAAAGCACAGUGUAAGUAUGUUGUUCAUUUAGAGUAAAUGAAAGCUGUAUAUUUUUUCAAGAAGUUGAAUAAGUGCUUUGAAUUGAUAUGAUUUAGAAACAAGACUUUCUUGCGUAUGUGCUUUGAUUUGCCUAGUGUGUUUACUCUGUGAUCUGUGCUAUAAUUCAUUUCUAUGUAAAUUUGCUUCCCUUUCCUCCUACUAAUUCAGAAAAGAAUCACUUAAGUGGAAAAGGCUCUAUAUGUGUAUUAUUUCAUGGUUUUGUUGGUUUUUUCUCUUUCUACCACUUCUCUUCUUACUUUGGGAGAUUCGAGCAGAUCCAAUUUAUAAAUAUCAAGUAUACUUUUGUAUUAGAUUAUGCCUGUGAUGAGAUCAAUAUCAAAUGUAUAUAAUGUCAUCUACAUAAGUUUUUAUAAUUUGGAAAACUCGGAGGCAUGAUCUAAUAACAAUAAUAGAAUAUGCAUCUUGUUAACCAAUAUUCUUAAGAUUUUAUCUUUAAUAAAAGAUUAGGCAUCUUUAUUUUUAGCUCACUCUGGCUGUCUCCAACUGAGUUUUAAAAAAAGAAUUUUUAGAUGUUACUGAAAAUUAGAAUAUUUAUUGUGGUGUACUGUAAAAGUAAAUCAUUUAUAGAACUUGCACUUUUAUAUUUCUGCCAAGUAAAAUGAAAAGAAAACAUAUAACUGGUGGGGUUUUUUUCAAACUUUACUGUAAAAACCAAAGCCUUUUUAGAUUGCUUCCUAAGGCAGUCUUGAUGAUAAAUAAUGUUAAAUGACUUUCUUUGUGAUUAAGAAGUCAUUUGUAUAGGAUUACCUGUAUUGUGUUCAGUCAUCAUUAUGUGAAUGAGUUUGUGUGUGUCAGUUGAAGGAACUGAAGCCUGAAAGAUAGAAAGUGAAAAAGGACAUGACUGUAACAUUCGAGGAUUUGAGGAGUUAGGAGGGGAUACACUUGUUCCACUUGUCUCCAGAAAAUGAAAACUGAAGCAAUGGUAGAAGCUGCUAUCUAAAGGUAGAAUAUCUUGCCUUGAAGAGUGGCUUCCAAGGAAGCAGAAACUGGAUGAUUUCCUGUCAGAUAUGUUAUAAUGGAGAUUCCUUGGAUAUAUGAACUGGACUAGGUAUAUUCUGAGUGAGGCCCGUACAAUUCUCAAAUUCUGUGAUUUUGUGAAAAGAAUGGUAAAGUCAUAGAAGUUCUUCCAGGCAUAGUGUGCAGAAGAGAGCAAGGCAUUCUACCUCAUGGCCUUUAUUUUGUUCAUCUGUAAAAUAAGAGAUUUGGACUUUGAUCCUUAAGGUCCCUUUUAACUAACCCUUUUAAUUUCUAUGAACCAUGAAUUCAUCAUCUUGUCAGAUGAGUAAUGAUGAUUGGCAACUCCUUGAUGAGGUACACCAAGGUGGAUAUUUAUUUAACAGAGAGGGCUGCUUUCUCCCUGGAGCAUAUCAGGUGGGCAAAAAUUGUACUUCCAGAGAAAGUUUUGAAGCAUUGCUAAAAGUUUGGAAGAAAGUAGGCAUAGACUGAUAUCUCAUACGAUAUACCAAGAUAAAGUCAAAAUGGAUAAACAAUUUAGAUAUAAAGGGUGGUAUCAUAAAUAAAAAUGAAAAAAAUGUGUCUGGCAGAUUUAUGGAAAAUGGAAGAGUUUAUGACCAAACAAGUUGGAAAGGGUCACAGGAGGUAAAAUACAUAAUUUUGAUUAUGUGAAAUUCAAAAGUUUUUGCACAAACAAUACAAAUGCAACCAAAACUAGAAAGAAAA